GGGCGUGGCCUGUGGGGGCGUGGCCGAGCGGGCGGUGUGGCCUAUCAGGGGACGGCGCCGAAGGGAGCCGAGCCCGAGCGGACGGAGCCGAGCGGAGCCCGAGCGAGGUGUAGACCAUGGCGGAGACAGGAGGCGGGGCCCGGAACCGGGCCGACAUGUCCAUGGGGCUUAAGUGGUUCAAGAUGGACCGGUGCAGAUCUUCGAUCUCCCUGGAGGGCAAGCAGCACGCCUGGCAGUGGUGCCGGGAGUUCCUGGGCGGAGCCUGGCGCCAAAUCCAGGUCGAGCAGCUGCAAGUGAGCCCCGUAAGCGGGGGGCUCAGUAACCUGCUUUUCCGAUGCGCCCUCCCGGAGAAUAUACCCCUUGUUGGGGACGAGCCCCGGGAAGUGUUGCUGAGGCUCUAUGGGGCCAUUCUGCAGGGGGUGGACUCCCUAGUCCUGGAGAGUGUGAUGUUUGCCAUCCUGGCUGAGCGUCGGCUGGGACCUCGGCUUUAUGGGGUCUUUCCAGAAGGGAGGCUGGAGCAAUACAUUCCGAGCCGGCCGCUGGGGACAAGCGAGCUGAGGGAGCCGCGGAGGUCGGCCGAGAUCGCUGUCAAAAUGGCCCGGUUCCAUCUGAUGGAGAUGCCCUUCAACAAGGAGCCUCGCUGGCUCUUCGGGACCAUGGAGCGGUACUUGAAGCAGAUCCAGGACUUGAUUCCUCCCACUAAGACCAACGAAAAUCUGAUCCAGAGGUACCACCUGGAGGAAGAGAUGAGCAUGCUACGAAAGCUUCUGGAUUCAACAUCCUCCCCAGUGGUAUUCUGUCACAAUGACAUCCAAGAAGGGAACAUCCUGCUGCUUUCUGACAAGGAGCCUGGACUUAUGCUCAUAGAUUUUGAGUACAGUAGCUACAAUUACAGGGGUUUUGACAUUGGGAACCAUUUCUGUGAGUGGAUUUAUGACUACAGCUAUGAGGAAUCUCCCUACUUCCUGAUGGAGCCUAAAAACUACCCCAACCGGGAACAGCAGCUUCAUUUCAUCCGAAAUUACCUGUCAGUAAUCCAGGGGGAUGAUCGUCCUUCCCCAGAAGAGCAGACUGAAUUGGAAGAGAAUAUGCUGGUGGAAGCAAACAGGUUUGCUCUGGCAUCCCAUUUCUUCUGGGGACUCUGGUCCAUCCUCCAAAAUAUCAUGUCUACCAUUGAGUUUGGUUACUUGGAAUAUGCAGAAUCUCGAUUCCAAAUCUACUUCAGUCAGAAGGAGAAGUUGAACUCUGGAUUGAUCCCUCCUAACAGCCCUCCUCCCCCCUGAUUUCACCCCUCUGAUGGAUCCCAGAGUCUAAGGGACAGGAUGGAGAGCUAGGAUGGGAGAUGGAGAAUUAGGAGGGAAUCAGGGGCCUGAGCUGUCCCCCCCAUGGUGAGAAUGGACCAAAAACCAAAGGAUCGGCCGAGCCCAGAGCAGUGGGAAUCCCCAGUCUCUCUUAGCACCCAGAGGAGAACCCAUUCUUUCUGCCCCCCCCAGUUGUGAUCCCCGUGUGGGGAGACACCCAAAGGAGCCUGCCCAGCCAGGGCAGCCACUUCUCUACCCUCUGUAUCUUCAGACCAAUAAAGACUUAACUGCUGCUGGCGUUGCCAGCUGGGUCUCA